AAUUACAGAUUUCUAUUAUUCAUUAUUAUGACACAUUGAUAUUGUCUUAUGCAAUAUCAUGGUUGUAGCACCUUGAAGUACAACCCAAAUGUACUUUUAUGUGUACGUACUAAUUUUGUGUUUACAGUAAACAGCAGCUAUUCAUUGAACAGCCUUAUAAGUAGGAGGGUGGAUGGACAAGGCAGGGCAGUCUUACUUAUGAACAAGGUGAGAGAAGCAAACAUUUGGAGUGUGUAAGAGACAGAGGAGUGAGUAAAUAAAACAGUGAUAUAUUUUACACAUCUUAUGGAGAUAAGAUUUUAGAAAGAAAGAAAGAAAGAAAGAAAGAAAGAAAGAAAGAAAGAAAGAAAAGAAAUCACUUUUUUAUUUGUAUAUCCAGUAAAGAGCUUCCAUAACAGUAAACAGCAGCUAUUCAGUGAACAGCCUUAUAAGUAGGAGGGUGGAUGGACAAGGCAGGGCAGUCUUACUUAUGAACAAGAUUAAGAUUCCUGUCAUUUGAAAAUGAAGUGCUUUAUGCAGAUGCUCAGAAACUACCUGGCCAAACGCAGACUUAAACGCUUGGUGAGCAAGGAUGGCCACUGUAACAUUGAAUAUGGCAACGUGAGGUACAACAACUUCUUUGCCUAUAUACUAGAUCUUUGGACCACCUUUGUGGAGAUCCGUUGGCGCUUUGUUUUUGUCUUGUUUAUCGCCUCAUUCACUCUCAGCUGGUUCUUUUUUGGACUUCUGUGGUAUUCGAUUGCACAGAACAAUGGAGAUUUGGCAUGGCAACAUCCGUCAGCUAACCACAAUGUAUGUGUACGUAAUGUCUAUGGAAUGACCACUGCCUUCCUAUUUUCUAUGGAAACGCAGUCAACUGUGGGGUAUGGGGGACGAGAUAUCACCCCAAACUGCCCUAGUGCUAUUGUUCUCCUCAUUAUCCAGAUUCUUAUAGGUACAAUUAUUAACUGCUUCUGGUGUGGAGUGGUCAUGACCAAAAUUUCUCUACCAAAGAAAAGGGUCAAAACCAUAGCAUUUAGUAAGAUGGCAGUGAUCUGUCAAAACAGAGGAGUCUUCUGUUUGCAGUUAAGAGUGGCUAACUUGCGUAAAUCAUUGUUGAUCGGCAGCCAGAUCUACGGAAAGCUGCUUAGAACAACAAUAACUCCCGAAGGUGAAACAAUCAUACUUGAUCAGGUCAAUGUUGACUUCAUGGUUGAUGUUGGAAAGGAUAACCUGUUUUUUGUUUGCCCCUUGACCUUAUAUCACGUGAUUGACAAGACAAGCCCAUUCUUUGAAAUGUCAGUGGAGACUAUAAAUCAACAGGAGUUUGAGCUGGUGGUCUUUCUGGAUGGAACCGCUGAAUCCACCAGCAAUUCCUGCCAGGUCAGGACUUCUUACCUACCUGAGGAAAUUAUGUGGGGCUACAAGUUUCUACCCAUCAUUUCCCGCAAGAAGGAUGGAAGGUAUCAUGUGGACUUUUCCAAUUUUGCCAGAGUAGAGCCAACAAUGACUUCCAACUCACCCAGAAGCAACAGUGAUGAUAACUAUCAUUAUCAAUGCCCCACAAAAGGCUUUGCUAAUCCUGGAUUUGUGGCUUUCAACAUUGACAAUUUUCUCAGUGGGAAAAUGUGAAUUGUUUUGUUCACAAAACAAAAUGAUAUGUGUAUACAUUGUAAAUUAUAAAUAUUAAUAGGAAGGGUAAUCAGAAUUGUAAAAAAAAAAAAAAAAAGGCUGGAAAAACUUUUUAGCACAUUGUGAUAUCUGAUUUUAUAUUAUAACACUGACACAACCAAACCUUUUGAUUUAUGGUCUUGUACUACUAAUAACUUAAUCAGUUUCUAAAAAUUGUUUAUUUUUUUAUUAUGUUUUGUAUUGUUCCCUAUUGUACAGUCCUCAGGUUUUAGGUUGAAAGUUGGUUUAUAACUGUAGUUAUUAAUUCUUCAACCACUAAUGUUAUUAAUGUGCAUCAUAAUAUUUUCUAUUUUUAGAUAGUGCUUUUUCUACAUUUAUAUUUUGCAGAUAUUUGCUUUGUUACAAAAUCUUAAUUUUGUCAAAUCUUAACAGAAAAUGGUGUAAUUUAUAGGACAAAUAUGCAAUUGUAAUGGCUCUAUUGGAGCACUUGGUAUUCUCAAUUGCUGCACCCACUUAGGCAUGGAUUCAGGUUUUUAAAAUGCAUAUUGCUGAUGCACCUUUGGAAAAAAAAAAUCAGGACAAUCACUAAUCUGAAGAUAAGUUAGUCCUGCUAUUUCCUCACCCACUCUGAGUCUAUAUAGUCCUUAUUAGAGAGGACUUAGCAUUAUAGUUUCAUUAUAGAUUCCAUGGCUUAAACAGUUACUUUUCUAUAUAUCUAGGUUAUUUGUACAAGAAAGAAAUAUAAAAACCAACUAUUUGCACCUUUGACCUAAUAUAGAUUGUUUUGAAUAUCAACAAAAACCUGUAUUUUCAUCACAUUAAAAUAUUAAAAUUUCAACACAUUAAAAUUAUUUUUUUAAAAACCCUUAGUGGUUACAAAAUGUAACUGACUAUGAUAUACAGUAAAGUGUAUCAGAACACACAAUAAAUUACAGAAUUUUGCAUAUAAGGCCAUACAAAGUGCCCAUACUGUCUCCUGCUCUGCCAAAAGCACCUACAGUUGGAAUGUGAGCGUUAGAACUGGACCAAGGAGUGAUGAAAUAAGGUGGGCUUGGUCUGAUGCAUCACGUUUUCUUUACAUGAUCUGCAUGUGCAACAAUAGCUGGCAGCAGAAUGCACUAUGGAAGAAAGCAAGGAUGGUACAAGGGAGAUCCCCACAAUAUUAGGCAGGUGAUUUUAAUAUUAUGACAAUUGUCUUUUGUGUAAUGUCUUGUAGUGUUUUAUAUCGCUUGUUUGCACUGUAUUUUUUCUUGUCCUGUUUGCAACAGGUUGCACAGAUGCACUUUAUGUACCCAGGACUAACUUACUUAGUCCAUAGUCCUUAGCACUGUGUUGUUCUA